GAAUAUUAUUCAGCUUUUAAAAGGAAGGAAAUUCUAACACAUGCUACAACAUGCAUGAACCUUGAGGAUAUUAUAAUAGCUGAGUAAAAUAAGCUAGUAACAAAAGGACAAUAUUGUACAAUUUCACUUAUAUGAGGCACUUAAGGUAGUCACAUUUGACAACCAGAAAGUAGAACGGUGGCUGCCAGGGGCUGGAGGAGGGGAAUGGGGCGUUAGUGUUUAAUGGGGACAGAGUUUCGGUUUGGUAAGUCUGGAGAUGGAUGCUGGUGAUGGCGGCACAACAGUGUGAAUGUGCUUAAUGCCACUGAACUGUACACUUAAAAAUGGUUAAAAUGGUUAAUUUUAUGUUAUGCGUAUUUUACCACACUAGAAAACCCAAAUGCUUAAGAAUGUAAACUUCAAGUCAAAUGACUGGUCACUGUUACAUAUAGGAACUUACAAAAAGGAAGACAAACAUUGGCAGUUACCCAAAUUAAGCUGAUAAAAAGAUUUGAAAUGUUUUACCCUUCUGUAGAGAUAUUGUUAUCUAAAUCUCCAGGACAAGGCUUGCCAUGUAUAGAUAAUCAAUUAAUGGUCAAUGUUAUUUUUAUUGUAAAUAAAGUGUGGUGAUAGGUACAUUCUGAAGAGCUGUAGAGAGAAGCCAGUGCACUGUGUGCUUAGGAAAUUUUCUGGCAAAAGUGCAAAGUGUAGAGAUUUCCACAGAGCAUCUAGAACAGUCAGACACAACGAGAAUUGCUGAAUUCCUGUAUUUGUUCCUUCUGUCCUUUGUGCACUUAACCAAGUAUAAUUAGGUUCUUGUCAAAUGUGAUGCUCUCUGCUGGAUGAGACGGGCUUUGUGAAUGUGAAUAGGUUUGAUCCCUGACCUCUACACGUGUAAUUAUCAUGCGCUUGGGCCAUGGUGUCCCGAGGAGGAUGGCCUUUAUUACGGACUGAAUGCAGAGUGGCGUCGCCAUGUUGUGAGCCUGCAAACACUGCUGUUCAGGCGCUAUCAGAGUUCUCCUGGUCUCAGAUGCUGGCGAGCCCCUGAAAGUCUGAGGAGAUGGCUGCAGCAGCAGUGGCUGGACUGAUCCCUGUGUUGCACUCUGUGGCUGGUGACAAGUCUGGCUACUACAUUGGGCGGCAGCUGUGGUUUGGCUUAAUCGCCCUGUACGGGGUGGUGGUGUACGUGGUCCGCAUGCCUUGGGCACGGAUCCAUGAAGAUUUCUGGUGCCAUGGCAACAUCACCUAUCCGUGCUUGAUUGAGUGUUUUGAAAAAAACUUUAGCAACCCUGUCACGGGAAUUUGGUACUUCUUCUUCUUCAUCUUCACCACUCUCUUCUUCCUCAUGGAAUUCUUCAUGGCUCAGAUUCGGCACAAGCAGGCCAAGAUAAAGUCGAUGGACUUGGUGGUAGGUGCAGCAGAGGAGGGCUCCAUGACGGGGAUCCAGGAACACAGCCUCUCUUCCAAGGAGAAUUCCAUCCUGAACUUCCACCAGGAGAAGAUGCUUCUGCUUUUGUACCUCCUGUACUUCCUCCUGCAGGUGGGUGCCCAGUGUGUGUUUUUAUUCCUUCUCAUGUUUCAGCACCUGCCCUUGGUGACACAAGCUGUCACUAACUGCAGCACCUAUGACUGCCCCGGCCCCUACCUCUGCCUGAUCCGGGCGACCAUGGAGAAGCGGAUGUCCAUCUACACCCUCAUCACCCUGUCCUUGCUCAUCAUCAUCUUCUGCACAGGCUUCUUCAUGUACAGCAUUCACCAUUACCUAUUGAAGGGCAUUUCCAGCUUUAAGUUUUGGAUGAACUGACGUUUGGGAGGAAAAGCAGCCUUCUUACUUAAAGUCUUUUCCCACUCGAACUAUGCUGUUUGUGUUUCUCUAAAUAUUGUGUCUGGGGCAGCACCUCCUCCUGCUAACCUCCUUUGAUUUUCUCCUUUAAAAAAUAAAU